AUGAGAGCUUUGGCACUCACACUCGCACUCAUUGGUGUCACUUUUGCAUGUGAUUGUAACGAAGAUGUGCAACGGUUGACUCCACAACAGAAAUUCUGCUAUCUUCCAUAUGUAUUGCAUUUGGAUGUCGACAAUGCAAAAGAAACGACCGAGGGGCAUAAACUUGAUCGACACAUCGACUACGAGAUCACCGUUCACAAAGUUAUUCAGAACACGAGAUAUGAGGCGAACGAGGAACGACCCCGCAAAAUGAAAAGCUUCACCGCUUCGGCUCUUUGCGGGAUCAAGUUGACCACCGGGGAAUAUGUGCUGAGUGGUGGAUUAAACAAAAAUGGAGUUUUCGAAGUGAAUCAUUGCGAAAUGAUCGAGAAAAUCGACGAUCGGCGUAAUAAGCUUGGCAAAGCGCUUUUGGAGACUGAUUGCUCGAAAGUGCCAAAUCCUGGCCUCAAACUUCAUCUUGAUCGACACCAC